AUGUUCGCGGCCGAUCUGUCAUGGCAGAUAGGAGAAAGUGUUGGGCAGCGGAAAGAACGCAAAGCUCGGAAAAGAUCGUCUGGGACACCCUCAGUUAGGACCUCGGUGACCUCCAGGAGCUCCAACUCAACUGAUAGACAGGAGUGGUGGACGUCUGGGCUGAACAAAAUCAAGGCGAAAGCUUCCUCAAAAUCUUCAAUCAAAGGGCGAUCAGUAACGAGUCUAAGCUCGACUUCCCAGCAGAGAUCUGGCCCAACACCACUUCAACCCGUCCACGAAUCGGUAGCGAGAGACUUUCCAACAUGGGAGCUCGAGCUUCCACACCAACUUAAGGAUCCUGCUCCAAAGCCGACCUACACAUUCUCGAAAUCGCUGUCCCCAAACCUACCCUCUGGAGGUUCUAUGGAUCUUUUGGAGUGUGAUGUCCCAGAGCUUGAAGGUGACAUAUCUUCCCGCUACACACACUCCAUUGUUUCUACAUCUUCGCGUACGAGGACGAUGGUCCCAAGGAUCGAGACUCGUAUGGAUGAGGAAUCUUAUCUUCAGGAUGCGACUCCGGAUACUACGAAGCAGAAUGAGCUGGAGACGAAGAUAAUCGCGUGCAGACCACUGGCUCAGUGGGACAGUCUAUCGCCAAUGACGGUGCCUAAAGGCUUUCGCAAAACGUCAGCAUCUCAAUCAAUCAAGGUCACUGGUACACAGAACAACACAUUCGUGCGAACGCGAUUUCAGCGUUUCAUUCAGAGGCUGGAGAGCGCAGGUCCACACCUUGUCUUAGACAGGCUGAAGGAAUCCUUGCAAGAACCUGCAGACUCGGAAGAAGAACUGCUCGAACAACAACUCUGGCUAUUGACAGGGUUCCAACUGCAAAGUUUAGGCAAGGCCCGGAUCAUUCCGAAACCGCAGUGUGACACAGGCAAGAUCCUGGAGCUCUACGGUAACCUUUGUAAGUGGACGGUAUGCUCGAGCUGUACUGUUGUGUAUCAGUUUGGCACAGUGCCUUUACCAUACCCGGAAGACUAUUUCUCGCAUAUACGCGCAUCGACUUUGCCGUCUCUGGUCCCUUCUGCGAAGCUACCGGAGCUGUUCCGCGAGUGCUAUAAGCUACUCACCCCAGGCGGCCUGCUUGAGAUCAGAAUCAUGGACGCUGCUCCCGUGCGCAGAACGGCUGGUCCCAUGAUGCGAAUGUGGAUCGAAGACAGACUAUCGGUGAAUCUAGAGAAGCUUUUCCGUUGCUCGAAACCGUGCUCGCUAGUCCCUGGCUGGUUGGCGGAGGCAGGCUUCGAGCUGAGUGCAAACAACGAUCAGGGACUGGCGUUGCCAUGCGCUUUCGAUCGCAGCUCAGAUGACACUGAGAAAGAGCUUUCGACCAUGAUUGGCCAAGCUCUGUGGAAGGAUAUCUGGGGUCCGUUCGUCGAGGAUCUUCCUGACGAGCCGAAAUGGUGGUGGGAAGAGGAGAUCAUUGUGCAAGAGUGUCUGAAAAGGAAGACGGUAUUGGAGUGUCGCUCGUUGUAUGCUUACAAAAGGUGGGCCUCUGUAGGGGAGAGUCUGCGACAUGAACGACCUUGA